AACGGCCGCUGCCGUGGUGUUUGGGCUCGGCUCGGUUGUGCCGCAUCCGUUAUGACGAUACGAUAAUCCAGCGCUUAGCGCUGUGACCGUGUUACUUGCCAUUAUUGACAUUUAUAUUUUAUGAAAAAUUCAGAAAGAACGUGAUGGAGGUUUAUUAUUUUCUAAUUUGAUUGGUAGACUGUUUCUUCGUUGAUCGUUAGAAUUUAUUCAUACGCCAUGUGCCAUUGCUCUACGUGUAUUUCCUUUCUCUCUGGAUCGUACUCGGUUAAAUUUUCAUAAAAAUAUUCUUUUAAUAAGUUUGCCGGUGAAUUAUUUUAAUAAAAAUUUAUAUUAGUGAUCCUAGUGUUUUGUGUUAGUGUAAGUGCAACGAGUAAUUUUUUCUUUUUAUAUUUUUAAAUUUUUAUAUGGCUUAAAUUGAAAGUCAAAAUAAGAACAAUAACGGGAAGAAUAGAAAAGAGGAUAGACGGUGGAUUUGCUGAGUUUAAGUAGGAAAGAUAUCUCAUAAGGAGCGCAAGUGGCGUAUCAAGAUGGCGCAUAAUUUGGCACCGAGCGUCAACUGUUCGCUCGACGACAUUGAUCUGAAUGCUUUGAAAGAACCUGCAGGUAUCUUCGAAUUAAUUGAAGUUGUUGGAAAUGGAACUUAUGGUCAAGUUUAUAAAGGUCGACAUACCAAAACUGGUCAAUUGGCAGCCAUUAAAGUUAUGGAUGUCACAGAAGAUGAAGAGGAAGAAAUCAAAUUAGAAAUUAAUGUAUUAAAAAGGUAUUCGAAUCACAGAAAUAUAGCAACGUAUUACGGUGCCUUCGUGAAGAAGUCAUCACCAGGAAAAGAUGAUCAGUUGUGGUUGGUUAUGGAAUAUUGCGGAGCUGGCUCCGUUACAGAUCUGGUCAAGUCAACUAAAGGCCAGAGUUUAAAGGAGGAAUGGAUUGCGUAUAUAUCGCGGGAAAUAUUGAGAGGACUUAGUUAUCUUCACAGCAAUAAAGUUAUACACAGGGAUAUUAAAGGGCAAAAUGUUCUAUUAACCGAUAAUGCUGAAGUUAAACUUGUUGAUUUUGGCGUUAGUGCACAAUUAGAUCGGACAAUAGGUAGGAGAAAUACAUUUAUUGGAACGCCAUAUUGGAUGGCUCCAGAAGUAAUAGCCUGUGAUGAAAAUCCUGAUGCUACAUAUGAUAACAGAAGUGAUCUUUGGUCAUUGGGAAUUACCGCUUUAGAAAUGGCUGAAUCACAACCUCCACUUUGCGAUCUUCAUCCAAUGCGGGCUUUAUUUCUGAUCCCACGUAAUCCACCACCAAGACUCAAAUCGAAAAAGUGGGCGAAGAAAUUCCACGGUUUUAUUGAAACGGUUUUAGUAAAAGAUUAUCAUCAAAGGCCGUAUACGGAACAACUCCUUAAACAUCCAUUUAUUCGGGACCAACCAACGGAAAGACAAGUUAGGAUACAACUUAAAGAUCAUAUUGAUCGCUGUAAAAAGCGUAAACAGGAGAAAGAAAGAGACGAUUAUCGGUAUAGUGGUAGUGAGAAUGAAGAAGAUGAACCAGCAUUAGCUGGUGAAGCAUCAUCCAUUGUUCAAGCACCUGGUGGUGAUACAUUGCGUAGGAAUUUCCAGCAAAUUCAGGAAGGUAGAACUUUAACUCAAGAAGUAAAUCCUCAACCACCUGCUGCUAAAGAAAAACCCAGUAGCAGAGCUCAAAGAGAUAUACCAGAGCCAGGACCACCUGCACGACCUGCCAUUCCACACAGAUUAAUCGUAGUUCCAGACCCACAACCACCGUCUCGACCAUUACCUCCGACACCUAGAGAUGAUCCACGACAACCUCACAAAGUUUCGACACCACCCUCUAAUCAUCAACCUCUUAUUGGUGGAGGCGGUAGUGGAGGAUCCGGUGGACAAUCAGCAUCACAAAGAAAUAGUCAUGUUUUUAAACCUAUGCUGCCUCCAAGGAAACCAGAGGACUUGGACAUGCUGGCCGCUCAACUCAACGAGCUUGGUGUGUCACAGGGCCCAGAGGCCCCGCCAAGGCCAAACAGGCAGCAUAAGGCUCCAUCAUCAACGUCGAAUUCCGGUCAGCCUGCGAGCAGUAAUGACCAAAACAAUAAACAAAUGCCACAGUCUUCCAGUAUACUCGAUCAAGCUUUAUCCGUUGAAAGUGAUAGUGAUGAUGACCUCGAAGAUGCAGGAGGAAAUAAUGCGAGGAAUGAUGGUACAUUACUUGCCAGUGAUCCACCAAAACCUUUACCCGAAUUUUCUCCUUUCAGACCAUCCGCGGAUCCAUCGUCGACAUCGUCGCACAAUGCUCAGAACUCGCACCUCGAAGGUAAGCCGAAAGGCGGAGCACCGAAUCGCCCACUUCCACCAACCCCCGACGAAGAAGAAUCAGGAGAUCGUACGCUAGUCAUGAAACGGAAACUUAGUCAGAUGUCAGACGAUCGCACGGCGAACACCACCAACAACACUACCAUCACCACCACCACCAACAACAACAACAACAACAACAACAACCGGCGCUCCGAGGCUGAGGAGCAACUCCUGCUCAAAGAGUGGGAUUUCACCCGUUUUUUCCAAGGUUUUAACGAACGAUUGGAUAAAAUGAAACAGCAAGAAUCCUCGCAAGAGUCGUCGUCGAGCGCAGAGGCGAGCAACAAGCCUCCCUCCUCCGUUAACGAGAAUCACCUUUCCUCCUCGUCCACGGAGAAAACGUUAAAGAGGCAGGAGCAAUUGUCAUCUCGCAGAAAGUACGAUAAUCAACAACAGCAACAGCAUCAUCAAAAGCAUCAGCAACAGCAGUUGAAAGCGGUGCACAGACGGCAAGAGAGCGACUCGAAGCUUGGCAACACGUCCAGCGCUUUUGCACGCGCUUUCCGCCGUGAGAAUUCCGACUUUUUCCCAUCCGCGAGACACUCUGCAUAUUUACAGAAGUCGGACUCCUCGAGAUCGAGCAUAUUCUCGAGCGGUAACAGGCGUGGCAGCGAGAUAAGCGUUGCCGGUAUCGCCGGGAAAAAGGGGAGCGCUGUGAGCGCAGGUGAACCGAUCCUUACAGACUUCUCGUUCGGUCGUGACGGUGUUCAGAGGCCUAGAAGGGAGAAAACCGAGAGCGAGAUCGUUUUUGGUAGUAGGCACGAGGCAAGAAGGCUCGACUUUGGACGCGAUAAAGAUGACACCGCGAGGAGACGAUGUUGUAGGCCAUCAGAUGCGGUUUCCGCCGCGGUUGACGAAGCGGGAACGAUUAAAUCUACGGCCAGUACAACGGCUAGCGAGUACAGCCCCAUUGUCACCCAGAAUCGAGAAAGCGGUGAUCGUUCGAGAGGCGGAGGCAGCGGUGGUGACUUCCAGAGGUCGGAUUCAUCCCCUGGAUCUCGACCAAGCUCCGUGUUACCGGAUCUCCUCACCUCGUCACCUGGCCAACGACAGGACAAAACAACAAGUGAAGAGUACCGGCAAGCAGUUAAAUCACCACAACUACUUGCACAUCAACAGAAGCAGAGAUCUUUCUUGACCUUUGGAUUUGGUGCGGGACCAGCUAGAAGAGAAUCUCAUGUAAAUGUUAAUGUGACACCGACCAGCCAUGACCUUACAUCUGAUACACCUGAAAUACGCAAAUAUAAGAAACGAUUCAACAGUGAAAUUCUUUGUGCUGCGCUUUGGGGAGUAAAUCUAUUAAUUGGUACCGAAAAUGGCCUUGUAUUAUUGGAUAGAAGUGGUCAAGGAAAAGUAUAUCAAUUAAUAAGUAGAAGACGAUUUCAACAAAUGGAAGUUCUUGAAGGACAAAAUAUUUUGGUUACAAUUAGUGGAAAAAAGAAUAGAGUACGGGUAUAUUAUCUUUCUUGGCUUAAGAGUAAAAUUUUGCGAACGGAUGGACAUAGCGAUCAAGUUGAACGGCGCAAUGGCUGGAUUAAUGUUGGAGAUCUUCAGGGUGCGGUACAUUUUAAGAUAGUCAAAUACGAAAGAAUAAAGUUUCUUGUCAUUGCAUUGAAAGAUUCGAUAGAAAUUUAUGCUUGGGCUCCGAAACCUUAUCAUAAAUUCAUGGCGUUUAAAUCGUUUAGUGAACUUGCACACAGACCAUUACUUGUCGAUCUUACUAUAGAAGAGGGUUCCAGAUUGAAAGUUAUUUAUGGUAGCGCCGAUGGUUUUCACGCUGUUGAUUUGGAUUCUGCUACGGUUUAUGAUAUUUAUCUACCAAAACAUACUCAAGGCCCUAUUUGUCCACAUUGUAUCGUUGCAUUACCAAACAGUAACGGCAUGCAAUUAUUGUUAUGUUACGAUAAUGAGGGUGUAUACGUGAAUACUUAUGGUAGAUUAUCCAAAACCAUGGUUCUUCAAUGGGGUGAAAUGCCCACUAGUGUUGCAUAUAUCGGUACAGGACAAAUUAUGGGCUGGGGUAACAAAGCUAUUGAGAUUAGAAGCGUAGAAAGUGGACACCUUGAUGGUGUGUUCAUGCACAAGAAAGCUCAACGGCUCAAGUUCCUUUGCGAGCGUAAUGAUAAGGUAUUUUUCUCAUCAGCUAAAGGCGGAAGUGCGUGCCAGAUUUACUUCAUGACAUUAAAUAAACCUGGCAUGGCUAACUGGUGAUCCCGAAUAUGGCCAAAUCUGGCCCUCAAAUUAUCUUUACGAAUAAGGACACAAAAUC